AAUGUAGAGUGGUUUUACAUAUACACUAUAGUGCUAAAAGUAUUGGUCCCGCCCUCCAAAUCAUGUGAUUCAGGUGUUCCAAUCCCCUCCAUGGACACAGGUGUAUAAAAUCAUCACCUAGGCAUGCAGACUGCUUCUACAAACAUUGGUGAAAGAAUGGGUCGCUCUCAGGAGCUCAGUGACUCCAAGCGUGGUCCCGUGAUAGGUGGCCACCUGUGCAAUAAGUCCAUCCGUGACAUUUCCUGGCUACUAAAUAUUCCACGCUCAACUGUUAGUGGGAUUAUAACAAAGCGGAAGCAACUGGGAACAACAGCCACUCAGCCACCAAGUGGUAGGCCACGUCACAUGACAGAGCGGGGUCAGCGCAUGCUGAAGCACACAGUGCGCAGAAGUCACCAACUGUCUGCAGAGUCAAUAGAUAAAGACCUCCGAACUUGGUGUGGCCUUCAGAUUAACACAACAACAGUGUGUAGAGAGCUUCAUGGAAUGGGUUUCCAUGGCUGAGCAGCUGCAUCCAAGCCUUACAUCACCAAGUCCGAUGCAAAGCGGCGGAUGACGUGGUGUAAAGCAGCACGCCACCACUGGACUCUAG